CCUUAACAACACUCAUCCCCAGCAUGACUAAACAAGAAGAAAGCCUUUAUCCCUUCUUGACUCGUCAUGUUCCCUCACAAAUAAGCAACACUCAAAAACUAUGUUAUCGACACCGACCUGACUUGGUUAAAAACCGAGGCCCUGAUAACUUUAAUAUCUCCAACAUACAGCAACAAAUGGAAAAAUUAGCAACAUCUGAUAGAGAAGCCAUCUCACAUAUUUGGUCCUUAUUUUCUGCCGCUCCUGCAGAUCAAAGAACAUUAAUCCUGAAGGGUCUUGUUUCAACAUGCUGUAUGCCUCAACUUUCAUUCUUGCAUAGCGAGACAAAACCUUUACUACGCAUCGAUUUUGUCUCAGUCUUACCUAAAGAAAUCGCCUUAUCUAUAUUUUCAUUAAUGGAUGCAACCUCGCUUUGUCAUGCAGCCCAAGUCUCUCAGAGAUGGAAAAAGUUAGCCGACGAUGACUCCUUGUGGCAUAAAAUGUGUGAACAACACAUUGAUAAGAAGUGUUCAAAAUGUGGAUGGGGUUUGCCUUUAUUAAAUAAAUCACGGUCUAUCCGAAAACGACCUAUCACAACCCAAUCUCCUCUACAAGUUGCUUGUGGUCCAACUGCACUUGUUCCCAUUGCCAAACGACAAAAGAUCAACAGCAAUACAGAAAAUAUCAUUAUAGAACCCAUUGACACAAACUAUCCUACAACAACAAGAACAACAACUAAUCAAACACAGAUAUUACGUCGGCCUUGGAAAGAUGUUUAUAGUGAGCGAUUAAUGGUGGAGAGAAAUUGGCGUAAUAACAAAUACAAUGUGAUUACCUUACAUGGUCAUAACGAUGGCGUGAUGUGUGUCCAAUUUUGCGAAAUUCUAAAGAUAAUUAUCACAGGCUCGUUUGAUAAAACUGUCCGUGUAUGGGACUUGGAAACCGGUCAAGAAAAGUUACAGCUUAUUGGUCAUUCAAGGUGCGUACGCGCACUUCAAUUUGACGACGCCAAAUUAGUCACGGGUGCCAUGGACAACACCUUGAAAAUAUGGAACUAUCACACAGGCCAAUGUAUCCGUACAUUGGAAGGUCACACAGGCGGCAUCCUUAGCUUACAUUUUGACUCGCGGAUUCUGGCAAGUGGGUCAACUGAUAAUACGAUUCGUGUCUGGAAUUUUGAGGCAGGAGAAUGCUGUACAUUAUCCGGUCAUACCGAAUGGGUCAAUUCAGUGAAGAUAUGCCACGACGGAGCCAUGUUGGUCUCAAGUAGUGAUGAUGCUACCAUUCGUUUAUGGGACCUUCAAAGCCGGUCUUGUACAAGAGUCUAUCGUGGCCAUGUAGGACAAGUACAAAUGGCUUUACCGAGCCUCCAUGGAUUCACACAUCGUCUAAAUACAGCUGCCAUCAAUGAAAAUGCAUCUAAUACUGUAACCAAUUUAAAACCUAAUGUAUUGCAAACACCAGGUUGUUCAUCUACUAGUAGAGACACCAUCAGUCAUGCAACCGCUCCUAAUAAUGUACAAUCAUUUAACGAAGUAAAUACAAACGCAGAGCCUUCAGAUUCACCAAUAAUUAUAUCCAGUGCGCUGGAUAAUACAAUCAAAAUAUGGGACUCGCAGUCAGGCCAAUGUUUACGCACCUUGUUUGGACAUGUACAAGGUAUUUGGGCACUAGCGUUUGAUAAACUCCGUAUUGUUUCGGGCUCACAUGAUAAAACACUCCGCGUAUGGGAUACCGAGAGCGGUCGAUGUCUGUAUGCCUUAGAAGGCCACCAUGGGCCAGUGACAGCCGUUGCAUUGAGUGAUACAAGAAUUGUUUCUGCUGCAGACGAUGGAGAAGUCAAAAUCUGGAAUUUCGGAAUGAUUUAAUUAUACCAACUUUAAAAAAUUAAGAUCUAUUUUUAAAACUAAGAAAGAAAAAAAAAAUACAUAUGACGCGAUUUACAGCAUUUAUAUCGCAUUUAUUGCGACAUUUAGUGUAACUCUUUACAAGACAAAAAAAAAACAAAAAACAAAAAACUAAUUACUAAAUGACGUUAUCGUCAUUCCCUUUUUUUUUUUUCUUUG